ACCGAAUGAAUGAUACAUCAAGGUACAGCACCGGAGUGGCCCUGAUCACGACAGGCAUUGUGGGGGAACACAAGUAAUCCAGGGACUGGCAGAAGCGAUGUAUUGCAGCUGAUGUUCGCCAAGCGCGGGUUCCUAAAUGCGCCAGCGGGGUCUGCCGCACAAGGCUCGUCGGCACCAAGCCCGUCAGCGACUCCAUUCGCAGCUUCAUCGACGAGUGCGACCACCCAGCAUCAAGGCGACAAGGACGCAUUCCACAGUCUCAAGCCAGCAUGCGUAAAGGUUCUCAAUCUUUCCAAGCAACCUGCUUCGCUCGAGCUCGCGAAAGCACUGCAUGAUCUACGCCUCAAGCUCCAAGGCGCUAUCUCUCACCGAUGUGCUUACCCACAGACUGGGCCUUUGUCGCCUUCCUUGAUCAACUACAUAUUCUACCCGCUCGCAGAGCUUCUUCGCUAUUCAUUGACCGCAAGUUCUCAGCCAAACCCUGCUUCUGGGUCCUCGUCGAAGCGAUCCGACCCUAGCGAUGCAGCGCAAGAACACUUAUUUGGCUGUCUCGAGCUUCUCUGCAAUUACUGGUGGCACAGCUGGGCGGAAGAGCCGGCUACUAAAGCAUGGCCCAUCUUCGAGCAACUGCUGCUGUUAGGCACACUCACCCUGUCCCGAGCCGCAUCAUCAUGGCUACCUCCCCCUCCAGGUGCCAAGGGGAAAGCAGCUUCCAAAAAGCCCAGCGAAGAGACACUUGGCGCAAUAUGCCGCUUUCUGCUGGCGAUACUCAAGCCCCGCAGCAAGUUAUUGACAACGACAAGAGCAAAAGAAGAAACUCCUUCCAGCGCACAACUUUCGGGUGAGGAUUGGGAGUGGGACGGGGAGUCUGAGCUUCCAAGCCUCGAAACAUUCGACCCAGAGGAAAAGGUUGUCGAAAAGAGAAACCACACGAUGAAAGAGGAACACUCAGCCAUGGCCGACCUUGUCAAGCUGCAACUUCCUCAUCAGGUUUAUCCCACUCGUAACCACCGUGACUCUGUCAUGAAAGACGUAAAGUGCAAGAACGCGCUCGCACAGGUGAUUGGGAUGACUGGAGAGCUAGCAUGUGACACCUCAGCAGGUCUUAAUCUCCGUGCGUCAGCUGUGAAUCUCCUCCGAACGGUUGCGCUCACAUGGAUGGCAGGCGCAACGGUGGUGGAAGUGGGGGACGAUGUCAUUGUCCGAUCGAUGCUAUCGGAUGAGCUCAUUGGCUCUGAUUUUUCGAUCUAUCGGCACAUCGUGGGCAAGGAAAAGUCUCGCUCCAUGUGCGCAGAUCUGGCGCCGGUGCUGCCUGGCCUUGUCUCGACUCUCAAUCGCCUUCUUCUAGGCAAGCCGCCAUCCUCGGCCCGAGAGCAGACGUCCACAGGAUCGGAACAAGCGCGGAAAGGCCACUUGCCGGGACUGAUCGCGUCUGCGACACUUGACGCUCUCCGACAAAUAUUGUGUAUCUCGAUCAACGACAUCGCACUCACAGACAACCUCAAGGACCUGGCCGGGAACAGGGAAGGAGAAGUCGCUCCUUCUGGUGGUGGCAAGGUAAGGCUGAAAGGCAUGCGCCAGACCAUCGCAAACGUGCAACUAGUGCUCGACUCGCUUGGCCUCUUUACCGAGCACGACAGCGUGGCCGUACAACAGUCUGUGGCGGCAAUGUCGUGCCUACUGAUGCACGAGUGCUACAAGUCACUCUCUGUAAAGGCCCAGUCCAUCACUGAGGACCAUGCCGGGUUGCAGAAUGACGAGUUCCACACCCCACAAGUGCUCAUCCGAUGGCUGCUCGACCUUGCGGACACAUCGCGUGCCCACGCAGUAUCUUCUUCUGCUAAACAUGCCAUCUCUCGACUGCUGAGAGCUCAUCAGGCGCAAAUUAGAAGCCUGACCUUUACCUUUCAGGCAGAGCUCGCGGCCGGACUGGAGCAGCUCACCACCAAAGUCCGUCAACAGCACGAUAAUGCUGUCAGUCUCUUAUCAAGACGCAUAGCUACGAUCAUGGACUUAGCCCCACUAGCAGCCAGUGAAAGCCGACAAUACGCAAACGAGCUCGCACUGCUGCUCUGCUCGCGGGAAAGCAUUUCGACGUGGAUCUCUCGUCUGAUCAGCGGCUUCCAGCUCGAUCUGUCCCAGACCAUUCGCGAAGAGCAAACUCAAGAUGCAAGACACUCUCUUGCGAAGAUUGCGGGCCUGGAUGAGCGCGCAUCCAAAGGCUUUACCGCUAUGCUCGCAUCCAUCGGAGCAUGUCUGGCGGAGAUGAGCUUGCGGUUGGAUCUGAAGCAAGAGGCUUACAGUCCAGAGCCCUUGAUCAUGGAGCUUCUGCGAGAGGUCGAUCGAUUCUACACGCUCAAGUCAACGGACGCGCUAGCACGUUCGCUCUCAGCCUUGCUCAUCGUAGAGAGAACUCUGGCAGGAGUAGAGAUGGUGCUCAAUCAUGAGCGUGUCGCAAAACUUCGAUCUCCACAGCGCAAGCGCGCCCAAAAGCUAGUUUCAAAGCUGUCUAAAGAAGCUACGCUGCUUGUCACUCAACUUUUCAACGCCAAAGAUGAAGAAGAAGAGAUCGCGGAUGAUACUCCGAUCAAUGUUGCCCAAGCUCCUCCAUCGGACCAAUCUUUGCAAUCGCUGCGAGAUCAAUUGCCGACUGAGACACCCCUUCGAUCCCACGAAAAAGGCAUGGCUCAGCUUUCAUCGAACCUCGCAAAAGCAAGCAUUGAAGAGUACGCUUCUGAAUCACCUUUGGAUCUAGCAUUCGCAUUGGCGGCAACCAUCGACUCUGGCACGAUUAAAGACGUGGCCAGGACACCACCAGAGCAGUUAGGGGAAAUGUCGCGUUGGUUUCAGAUCCUCCUCAACAACGUAAUUGGACAUCUCAGCGCUAUGCAUGGUCCACGCUUUCAAGGCGCGAUGAUGCAUGUUCUGUAUCCAGUUGUGCGAGGCCUAGCAGCAUCAGACGACGACUUACGACAGUCCUCACUCGUCGCCAUUGCACGCAUGAGUCGUGCGCUUGACCACGCAGAUGUGAAAGAGUUCAUCUGGGAGAACGCAGACUACAUUAUGGGGCAAGCUGUGCAUGCGCUGCGAUCCGGUAUCCCGCGCAGUACCGCAGAAGCAGAGUCAAAGAGUGAGAUGCUCGCCUCUCAGGCCGGCCCACUUGUAAUGGUACAGGUGAUGCGUCUCCUGGGCUCCGAAGCAGUCGUUCUCCUGCACGAUGCUGUGGAUGAGCUUCUGGACGCACUCGACAGGUUCCACGGGUACGCGCAAUACACAUCUAGCUUGCUCUCCGUUCUCACAGGCGUCGUACAAGUGGUCAUUUCGGAGUCUGCAACAAUUCCCAAAGAGCAUUCAGUCAAGCCUAGGCCAAGGCCGACAGAUUCUCAGCAGCUCGAGCUGCUGCGUCGCCUCCUGAAAGGCUCGCCGAAUGACGCUGCAGGCGCAGACCCGGAGCCAGUAGGGGAGCCAGCAAAGCCUGACGGUGCCACGAAGGAGGAUGAGAAGGAGGCGCGCCUGGCCCAGGUAGUGUCAGAGGUGAUGGAGCGAGCUAUACCAUUUUUGUCCCAUCCUUCGGCGUAUCUACGCGUUCAGGCACUGCAGCUACUCUCGCAGGGAAGUCUGGCUUUAGCCAGUCGCGGUAAUUUCGAAAGGCUCAUGCCGGUCGUCAAUCGCGCGUUUCCCCUGGUUUUAGCCAGGAUCGGCGGCCGUCAAAGUCGCCUGCACGUUGAUGACGAGGAUCUCGCAGUACAAGUUCAAGGGCUUUCGCUUCUGCAGACAUGGUCCAGGACGACACCAGACUUCCUCACCAGAAGGUUCAAUGACGAGGCAUGGCCCCGUAUCAAAACCCUACUCGACAGUCUUCUGCAGUCGCAAGCCAAAGCCACACCAAUAGCCGAGAAGGGGGCACUUAUCAAGGCCGAGCAUGACGAGCGUGGCAGGCGCCGAACGCUUUUGCUUGCGCUUAUCUCUCUGCUGCAUGGCCUCGUUUCCGGCGCGGCUCAUCGGUUUUCACCUACGGCGAUCUGGGAACUCUGUAGUCAUCCCGUGCUGCUUACUGCGCUCCCCAUAUCUGUCGCAGAGGAGGUGCGCAGCCCAGUAAUCUCGCUCUUCAGGGAGCUGUCCAAGCAGAAUUCUGGUGCAGUUUGGGCGAGCCUCAAUGUUGCAAAUGGGCGACUGUCCGAAGGAAUAUGCCGGCCUCAUGAUGUGGUGAUCACUGAGGAAUUGCCUUUUUUGCAUGUACUUUCACCAAACUAGCUGCAUCUGGUUUCUGAUGUGGAGAGCAAAUGUAUUGACUAUGCACACAUGUUUCG